UGGCCGAGAAUCGAAUCUCAAUCGAAUCAGAAUCGAGAAGGCAAAUCCUACCGCUAUCCUUUUGCCACCCUCAUCUAUGACAUACAGUGAGCGGCUACAGGUCAAGAAAUGCAUCCAUGGCAGAAUCAUAUUCAGCAACCAACUCGCUAUUAAUAGCUAGUUACUACUAGUACUGGUACGAGUAGGCAAGAGAGACCAUGAAGACUGAUCAAGAAGAUUCUGCAGAAGAAGCCAUGCCGGCAAGGCCCAGCACUCGAGUCAGCUUUGUGGGACAAGAACAACCGCUACAGGCGACCAUUCCUGCACACAACAGGAGUCCUGCGAGUAGUCCAACUAGAGUUGGCGCUGCUUCCGUCCGCCAGAGUUUGACAAUCAACGAUGUCUUGGGAAAUAAUAGUCAGACUACUAGUAUUGCCAGUUCCAGUUCGACAACUCAAGGUCCCACAGAACACGAAGUCGUCACCAAAAUCCUCAAAUCGGUCGAAACUCUGGAUGUAAAUGAAGGACAACCUCAACUGGAUCAAGAAACCACACAGCUGUUGGCAGAUAUCAUUCAAGAGGAUCUCAAGGCUCGAUCAUCCACCAAUCAAAAACAUGACGAACCACAAGAUCCCGAGUUGGUGCCUCUCAAUCCUACCAAUACUAAUACCAAUACCAAUACUAAUACCAAUAGCAGCAAUCCAGGCGUACGCGUCUCGGUCAUGACCACCGAAACAUACGCCGCCAGACCUGCCGGUACUCCACACAAAAAGAUGCAUCGAAAAUCAGAAAGUGUCGAACAACAAUUGUUUGGGUUGACGGCGGCUCUGGGGAUGAUGGAUUCAAGAUCGUCCUCCAGAAGAGGCAGUGAAAACUUUUUACACGACAACACGAGUAGUGACAGACUCGCCAAAACUGCCAAUGUGCUCUCGGAUCAUGCCAAGAAACAAGCCGAAAUGGACCUGGAAGCAGCAAACAGCAACAACAAUAAUACUGAUGCAGGCGAAUCGGGACAAGAUAACGACAACGGCAAGAACAAUGAUCCUUUGCAUCGAAUGUUGCGAAUCUUACGCGUCGAAAUGACCGAUGAAAUGGAAGACAAUUGGGACGUUUUCAAAGAAUUUCUUGAUUCCAGAAAGGAUUACCGAAAAAAGUUUGCCAGAAAGCUGGGGUUGUACAUCAUGCUGCCGUCCUUGGCAUUGGCCAUUCUCCUAUACCAUGUCGGUGGCACUCCCACGGUACAUGGCAGCGACAAGACUGCCUCCUUUUCAUGGCUGUUUCUAUUCUUUGGAGUGCGACAAGCAAUUACCUACACCAUGGCAUUGGCCACUCAAUCGCUCAUCAUUGACUACAUCGUCCUCCGCACUAGAACGCUACUGAAAUGGCUCGGUCCCAUUGUCACGCUAUUCUUUGUGCAAUCGCGGGGAUGGCCCUUUAUUGCCACCUUUUGGGGCUUGUACAAUCUGAUACUCAAUGCAGGCUCUUCCGGCUUUGCCAACAAUUGGUUGUUUUGGCAAAGUACUUUUAAUGUCUUCAACAGCUCAAACCCCAGUGGGGGAAUCCCCGGCAGCUACGCCAAUUAUCUAUUUAUUGCGCUCUUUAUUGUGGUCGGCCUCUCGGUCUCGAUUAAACGAGUCAUUGUCUCCGUGGCGCUGGGAAGGCAAACGUUUGCACACUUUGGAGAUGAACUCGCGGCCAACAUGAGGAACAUGGUUCUGGUCGGGAUGAUCGCGGCGCUGGCGAAGAGAAUUGAAAAGGAACAUGUGAAAAGUGCUGAUGAGCCUUCAGAGCCUUCAGAGCCUUCAGCCGCACUCGGUACUAGGACGUCAGGAGGGCAAGAUGGAACGAAACUGCAGGCUCUGGUGGAGGAAGAGGCGGAAGCAAACGAAAAGCAUUUGAGCAGCACAAAAGAUACAAACGCAGUGGAUGCGGCCAAGACGUUCAUCGAAAAUCACACGACAACCGUCCAACGAUCUCCCCCACGACCAUCCUUGAGGGACAGCAGCAAGGACGAAGCUGGGAGCACUGCAGGCUUUACUCAUUCGAUGCAUCUUCAGCUCACUGAACUUCUUGACUCCUGGGAAGAACCAGAGGGUGUCAAGACGAAAACAGUGAAAAAGAUCACGAUUGGAUCCGUAUUGCAAUUUAAGCAGUCUCUUACUUUGAUGUCUGCCAAGUAUCCAUUCUCUCCUGCGUUUGGGAUUGCGGAUUCACGUGAAGCAUGCAUUAAUGCUGCUCAAGAAGUGUACGAUCGACUGAUGCUUCGUACUCCUGGUGCCCUCGAGCUUCCGUUCGAGACUCUUGCUCUAGUAGCCAAGGAUGGAGAACAUGAGUUUGACGAAGAAAUGGCCAAGGAACUGAUCAAAAUCUUUCGACCUGACCGUGCCGGGAACUUGACAAAGCUGGACUUUGUUCGGUCAAUCGAUGAAAUUUACAAGUCAAUUCGUCUUCUCACUGCCAACAUUAGCAACAGCCGUCACACGGAUGCCGCUGUGGAAUCAAUCAUCAACUGUGUCUUUUGGUUCUUCAUUGUAACUUUUGUGAUGCAGGAACUAGGCAUGGAUCCGUGGGCCAUGUUGGUUUCCCUGUCGACAAUCUUCAUUACGUUUUCCUUCAUGUUUGGCAGUACCGCGUCGAAGUACUUUGACGGGAUGUUGUUUGUUUUGUUGCAGCGCCCUUAUGGUGUUGGCGACCGCAUCCACUUUUCGAAUCCCGACACAGACACGAGCAUAGAUGGGUCCUCAGGAUGGAUUGUGGAGGAGCUAUCUCUGCAUACAACCUCAGUGUACUGGGGUGCCACCAAUGAAAGGGCCACUAUAUCAAAUGGUGCCCUGUCAAACUAUCGUGUGAUCAACUCUGCCCGUUCACCCAACGCAACAAUCUAUGUCAACAUGAAGUUUGCAGUAGACACAGCUUAUGAUAAAAUUGAAACAUUCAGGGCAGCCACUGAGCAGUUCCUAAAGGACAGGCCAAGAGAAUGGGUUGGGUUCGUGGGCUUUCGUCCCACUGAAGUAGCAGUAGACCGAGGGUACACCAACUAUGUGACCAUUGCACAGCACCGACAAUCGUGGCAGAAUGUUGGAGCGAUUCUUUCGAGUAAGGCAGUGCUGAUCAAAUUUCUGAUGGAGGUAGCAAAGCAACUUGACAUGAGAUAUUCAUCUCCGCCGUUGCCUGUGGAGCUUGCGUUCCAAGGACGCGAAGGGAACUCUGGUGAGCUGUCACCAGCCAACAUUGCAUCAGUUCUAGCUGAGUAAAAACAACGGCGACAGUCAAAUAAAUAGAAUCUAGAAUCUGAUAUUGAUUGGUAGGCAGUGUGUCACUACAGUCUAUCUAUAUCUUCCU